AUACAAUAUACAAGCAUCAUCAAACUGUUCUUGUUACCAAAAUUAGAUGAGAUUCAUACCAUGUUUGUGAUUGGUCUAGAUCCACCAAUACGCCAAGGACAAACACGUUAUCCGUUCUUGGUGAUGCAGUUUGUGAAAGAUGAAGAGACAGAUGUGGUGCUGAAUAUAGAUGAAGAAGUCCUAAACACACAAUACGACGGAAAAUUAGAACCCAAGUACGAAGCCCCGACGUACGAAGUUGUUAGCACAUUAUUUAAAGUGUUAUCGCAGCGUAAGGUUACUGUUCCAAACAAGUACCGGAGUCAUCACUCUGUAUCUGCAGUGAAAUGUUCUAUGAAAGCAAACGAGGGCUACUUAUAUCCACUUGAAAAAUGUUUUCUGUUUAUUCCUAAACCGACGACGUUUAUUCCUAAUGUGGAUAUCGACAAUGUCAUAUUUUCGAGAGUAUCUGGUAAUCUGUCGACUUCGAGAACAUUUGACUUGAGGUUUAAUAUGAAGAGUGGGGUUGAUUAUCAGUUCUCGAGUAUAAAUAGAGAAGAGUACAAUAAUCUAGAAUCUUUCAUCCAAAGUAAAGGAAUCAAAACAUCUAAUGAGAUGAAUGAUGAUGGCGCUAUUUCAUAUGAUCAACUGGAUGCAGAGUUAGGAGAGGAUGAUGAUGAUAAUGAAGUACUACCACCAAGACGUAACCGCGGUGGUGACUUCAAGGAUGACAUGGACAUAGAUGAGGAUAGCGUCGACGAAGAUUUCCAAGAUGGAGAUACCGAUAGCGACGUAGAAGAAGAAUUUGACGAAAAUUAUGCCGGUGGUGCAACAUCUUCGGAAGAUGAUUGA